UAUAAUGUUGCCAUUCUUGAAUUCGCAAGCGACAUCUAGUAAUAUUAAAUAUAAGUAAAAAGGUGUAUGAUAGAAAAUGUCAUGUUAUUUUCUUAAUAGGUGAUCAAAUCUCGAUCACUCAUCAAAUUUCGAUCCUCGUAGCCGGAAACGGUCAAUAUGCCGAAAAAAUUCGUUGGUGAAAAUAGCAAAGCCGUCGCUGCUCGGGCGAGAAAAGCAGCGGCAAAAGAGGCCGAGAAUACAAAGAAAGCUCUUGAAGCAGAAGAAAAAGCUUGGCAAGAUGACGAUAAACAGUUAUUGAAAAAAAACAAAAAACAGGAAGAACUUGAAAAGAAACGUCAACAACAAUUAGAAAAAAAAGCAGAAGUGAAAGCUCUACUUGAAAAGGAAAUGGCAAAUAUAAAAGUGGGCGGUAAACAACCUGCAGCUAAAGUAACUAGAGCAGAAAUAGUUGCUGCAACAGAAAAACGGAAUCAAGCAGCAAUGAAAAAAAGAGAAGAAGAAAAACCAAUUGAAGAGAAUUUAAAUAGGUUAACAAUUGAAGGUGAAACUGCUCAUGGUAUUGAUGAAGCUUUAUCUGUUUUAAGUUCAAAAGAAGCAGAAAUUGAUCGUCAUCCAGAAAAACGUGUAAAAGCUGCAUAUGCGAGUUUUGAAGAAAGAAUGAUGCCUAUUAUCAAAGAACAAAACCCUACUCUGAGGUUAAGUCAAUUAAAACAAAUAUUAAAAAAGGAAUGGAUGAAAUCUCCAGAAAAUCCACUUAAUCAAAAAUUACUUCUAAAUCGUUGAUAUUAAACGGUGUUUGAUGGAAUAUAAACACAUAUGACUGAUUAGGUUCGAAGGAACACGUGAAAUGAGACUCAUAAAUGUAAUCAUGAACGAAUCAAAUAUCUGUACACAAUUUUAUUGUAAACGAAUAAGUUAUACUCCCGGUAGAAUACAUAAAAUAAGACUAUAUAAAUCAUCUUUGGUAUAACUUAUACGCUACUACAUAGCCUCUACAUUGUAUAUUACAAUUUCAUUUACAAACAAAUCUUUAAAUCCGAAAAUUCAAAGAAAACAGGUUAACAAUCGUGUACAUGUUUUGGCACAGUUACUCUGCAGACUUAUACAACUUUACAGAUACGAGUAUCUUAUCGGUAUCUUUUUCAUUUACAAUAUUAGACAAAUGUUUAUAAAAAAAUAAUUAUACGAAAACUUGGUUACUUCAUUUCAAUUGUAUAAAAUAGAAUUCUAUACAAACAAAUUUUCACCAAUGUGAAAUAUAGAUUAUGUACAAUAGAUCGUAAUCUUUUUUUAUUUCGAUGCGUUAAAUUCGUUUCAACAGAUUAAGCAUAAGGCACCAUAACUUCUUUUUUCUUCAUAUGUAAUGAGUGAAAUACCCGUACUAAGAACUUGAUUUAAAUUUUCUUAUAUAGUAUCGUGGUCCACGGACUGUCUUUUUUAUAAACAUACUUAUUUAAUUAUUUUAUGCUACCAUUUCUUAUUUUUCCAUAAAUCUAUGAAACAAUGUAUCAUAUGAUUGACUUGCUCCGGGCAAUCAGUCAUAGGUGUAUGGCCAGCAGUUGGAAUCGCUUCGAGGAAAACUUUCACCAUGGUCUAAAAUAUGAAACGUAACAAUUACAAUUAAUA